UAGACUCCACUCCCAUCCCAGACCCAGGGAAAGAACCCAGGAGUCCUGGCUCCACUCCCUGCCCCCACCUCCCAGUGGCUAUUAAUAUCCUCCGCUCUGGCUACACCCCUCCCACGCCCUGUGGCCAAUCUCCGGGGUGUCAGAGCCGGGCUGCGGGGCAGAAGGAAAUAGAAACCACCUGACUUUUUACUUUCGUUUCCCCAGGAGAAAAUCUUGGACACUGGCAGAGCGAGCUGUGGGGCAGGUAACGGGGGGGCAACUACCAUCCCCGGGGGGCAGAAUUCCCCCCUCCAGUCUACCCCCCCCAGAAGGCAGGGUCGUCCCCCGCCCCCACAACCCACCUGAGAUCUGAAUUGCUGGUUUCGAAGCAGUGGCACCUGGGAGGCACCUAAGCCCACCUGUUUGAGCAGAGUGGGUGUGAGGGGACUACUCCCUUGGUGCCCUGUUGUCUCAGUUCUCCAGCAGAGUUUGGCUUUAGCCCCAGCCCAGGAGGAGGGGAGAUUGGCCAAGUGGAGCCCAGCCUGUCACCCGCUGCAUUAUGGGAAACGCAAACAAUAAAGGGCCAACCCCACCCUCCUCCUCAAAGCCAACUCCACAGGGGAUGGUGAAGCGACUCCAGGAGGACGUCACCUGCUCCAUCUGCCUGGACAUCUUGGAGGACCCUGUCUCCAUUGACUGUGGCCACAACUUCUGCCGGGGCUGCCUCGCGGCUCACUGGAGCGGGGUCUCGGCCCGGGGGUCCCAGUGCCCUGAGUGCCGGGCUCCCUGCUCCAGGGGCAGGAUGAUCCCAGACACACGUGUCAAAAGCCUGGUGGAGAAAAUCAGAGACCUGCCAUGCGAAGAGACGCUGACAGCAACAGGGAGCCCUGAGCAGGGGCCAAGGGCUCACCCAGAGCUGGGGCGCCCGGUGCAGCUUGUGCGUCUGGACAAGGAAGGGGGCCUGACCCUGGACGAGGAGGCCCUGAGCUGCUGCCUGGAGCAGGGUGGGGUGGGGCAUGCCCCCAUUUGCCUGGUGUCCAUCGUCGGGGAGCAGCGCCGGGGCAAAUCCUUCCUGCUGAACUACCUGCUGCGCCGGCUCCGGAACCUGGACAUGAGUAAUGGGUCAUGGAUGGGCCGGGAGGAGGAGCCCCUGGAGGGAUUCGAGUGGCGAGUUGGCAACCAGAGAGUCACCCAGGGCGUGUGGGCCUGGAGUCAGCCCUUCUGGGUCCCCACUGAGGGCGGGAAGGUGGCCGUGCUGCUGGUCGACACCGAGGGCUCCAUGGAUCUUGAAAGGAACAAGGAGACGAGCAUCAAACUCUCUGCCAUGUCCAUGCUGCUCAGCUCCUACCAGAUACUGAACAUUGGCCAUCGGGUGAAGGACCCGGAUCUCGAAUACCUGGAGAUGUUUCUGCACGUGGCUGAAGUGGUGGGAGAGGCCUAUGGACUGGAGCCCGUUCAGCACCUAGACCUGCUGGUGCGGGACUGGAGCAACUCCCUGGUCAUUGGAGCCGAGGGUGGGGAGCAGCAUCUGAGAGACGUCAGACAGAUGCUAGAGGCAACGUCCCCCUGCAAACACCCCAAGGCCUUGGAAGCGCUGAGCAGAAGUAGCACCAGCAGUUACCUGAUGCCCUUCCCUGGCAAGCGGAUCUCAACUGGCAGCGUGGGAACCCUGAGAGAUAUGGAUGAGGAUUUCCGGGACAGCCUGAGGGACUAUGUCACCACCCUGGUGGGCUCGGCUGGUCAACACGUCAGGACGGACCGGCAUGGGGUACUGCUGACGGGGACACAGCUCGCUGCCAAGAUAAAGAAUUUAUCUGAUGUGAUGAAGAAAUAUCGCUCCGGCUUCUCCUCUCCCUGUCAGAUGGCCAUCGCCUUCCACAACCAGAGAGUCCUGGACAGGGCCAGCGCAGACCAUGCUGAGUUUCUGAGGGAGAAGGACGGCCUGUCCCAGCGCAUGGUCGACUGUCUAACAGUGGAUCCGGGCGCAAUGGCAGAGCAGUUGGUGGAGAAGCGCAGGUCACUGCUGGGGCGGUGCCAGGAGGAAAUGAAGAAACCGGAGGAGACUCUGCUGAUUGUGCUAGAGGUGGAGCUGACUCGGGAGGCUGAGACCUUGCUUGAGACAUACAGAAGGCGCUAUCAGUGUCACACCAUCAACCAGGGAUGCAUGGACAGAGCCCGUGCAGACCACGCUGACUUUCUUAGGGAGAAGGACGGCCUGUCCCAGCGCAUGGUCGACUGUCUAACAGUGGAUCCGGGCGCAAUGGCAGAGCAGUUCGAGGAGCAGCGCUGGUCACUGCUGGGGCGGUGCCGGGAGGAGAUGAACGAGCCGGAGGAGACCCUGCUGACAGCGCUAGAGGCGGAGCUGACUCAGGAGACCCAGACCUUCCUGGAGACCUACAGAAGACGCCAUCAGUGUCAUGUCAUCAACCAGAGAGUCAUUGACAGCGCCCGCCGAGACCACACUGACUUUCUGAGGGAGAAGGAUGGCCUGUCCCAGCGCAUGGUCGACUGUGUGACAGUGAAUCCGAGCGCAAUGGCACAGCAGUUGGAGGAGCAGCGCAGGUCCCUGCUGGGACGGUGUCGGGAGGAGAUGAAGGAGCCGGAGGAGACCCUGCUGAAGGCGCUAGAGAAGGAGCUGGCUACAGAGGCCCAGAGCUUCCUGGAGACCUACAGAAGGCGCUAUCAGAAUCACGCCAUCAACCAGGGAGCCAUGGACAGAGCCCGCCGAGACCACGCUGAUUUUCUGAGGGAGAAGGACGGCCUGUCCCAGCGCAUGGUCGACUGUCUGACGGUGGAUCCUGGCUCAAUGGUGAAGCAGUUGGCGGAGCAGCGCAGGUCACUGCUGGGGCGGUGCCGAGAGGAGAUGAAGGAGCCGGAGGAGACCCUGCUGACGGCGCUAGGGGAGGAGCUGACUCGAGAGGCUGAGACCUUCCUGGAGACCUACACAAGGCGCUAUCAGUGUCACGCCUUCAACCAGAGAGUCAUGGACAGAGCCCGCGAAGACCACACUGAGUUUCUGAAGGAGAAGGACGGCCUGUCCCAGUGCAUGGUCGACUGUCUGAAAGCGGGUCCCAGCGCUAUGGCGGAGCAGUUUGUGAAGCAGCGCAGGUCAUUGCUGGAGCGGUGCCAGAAGGAGAUGAAGGAACCAGAGAAGAAGACUCUGCUGAAGGCGCUAGAGAAGGAACUGACUGGGAAGGCCAAGACCUUCCUGGAGACCUACAGAAAGCGCUAUGAGUGUCACACCAUCAACCAGAGUGUCAUGGACAGAGCCCGCCAACACCAUACUCUCUUUCUGAAGAAGAAGCACGGCCUGUCCCAGCGCAUGGUUGACUGUCUGAAGGUGGAUCCGAGCGCAAUGGAAGUGCAGUUGGUGGAGCAGCGCAGGUCACUGCUGGGGUGGUGCCAGAAGGCGAUGAAGGAGCCAGAGGAGACCCUGCUGACGGCGCUAGAGGAGGAGCUGACUCGGGAGGCUGAGACCUUCCUGGAGACCUACACAAGGCGCUAUCAGUGUCACGCCUUCAACCAGAGAGUCAUGCACAGAGCCCGCCAAGACUACGCUGUGUUUCUGAAUAAGUCGAAUAUGUUUGACUCCUCUCAGGAGCUUAUGGCACAGCUCAGGCAGUUGCUGAAGCGGUGCCGAGAAGAAAUGCUGCCGGUGACAGAGCCCCCGCUGAUGGUCCCGGAUGCAGCUCUGAAGUGGGAGAAAGAGGACCUGCUGAGGGAGCUGGAGGCAGAGCUGACGCGGAUGGCUGAGCCUGUCAAGGAGGCUAAUGGGAAGUGCAUGGAGGUGGCGAAAGAAGUGGUCACCACAGCUGGUGUUGGGGCCAUCGCACUUGGUGUCGUGGUUGUUAGUGCGGCAGUCGCUCCAGCUGCUGGUGUGGUGGCUCUCGCAGCUGUUGGUGUGGGGGUCGUCGCAACUGCCUGGACUAUUUUCAGCUAGUAUAACUGAGGGAACAGCUAUUGCUGCUGGUGCGGGCGGCAUAGCUGGGAUUUGGUCAGGCUUGGGCGAGGGUGAGAGAGUUAGUGGAUAUGAACAGGGCUGAGGCCACUGCCAGUCAAGGGGAGGAGGGGGACAGGACAGAGGAGCAGAGGUGGCCCUAGGUAUUUUGCC